GUAUUCUACCUUGAGCUCCUUGAAAGAAAGGAACUGAGAGUAACUUCAGAGGAGAAAAUGCUACCAACACCUACUGCAAACAACACAGCAGCCUCAUCCCAGUGGCUUCCUUGUGUGAACCCAGGCAAUCCGGUGUUUUCUUGUAUGCUGGAUUCAAAGACUCUCACCACCAGCAAUUUCUUAACAAAGCCCAAGCCUUUGCUCUACAAAACAACAUCAAGUGAAUACGGUGCUAUACCGCCUACCUCACAAAUGGUCCCCUGCAGAUUUUUUCCAAAGGACAACUCCUUUACAAAUCAUUUGUUCACUUGUGGGCUGACACAAUUUAACAGUAUUAACACUGGCAUUGACAGAAGCAAAGUUUAUGAUCACCCAGAUAUUCAGAAUACUCUGUAAA